AUGGAAAGGGUACGUUUAGAAGAUUUAGAAAGACAAGAAAGAUUAGAAAGAGAAAGAUUAGAAAGAUUAGAAAGAGAAGAAAGAGAAGAAAGAGAAAGAGAACAACAAUUAAGAGAACAACAAGAGAGAGAAGAAAGAGAAAAUCAAGAAAGAGAACAACAACAAAGAGAACAACAAGAAAGAGAAGAAGCAGAACGUAGAGAAAACCAAGAUCCUUGCACUAUUUGUAUGGACAGAAUUGAACCAAACCAACUUGCAGAAAUCGAUUGUAACCACAAAUUUUGUUACGGUUGCAUUAUGGAAUGGUCUUAUCGUCGUGAUAACACCUGUCCAAAUUGUAGAGCUCCAUUCUUUUCAGGAGUCAAUGGUUCAAUAAACGAAGCCAAUAUGGAGCAAGGUGAUCAACGUCCACCAAUUUAA